UUCGGGCAUUGAAAUCGUUCCUGAUGCAAGAACAGCCACCGGCGUCAUCAUGCUUGACAACAAUGGCGAGUGUCAGUGUAUGGUGGCAGACAUGGGUGUCCAUGACCGACUACAGCCACAACAGGUGGAAAACCAUAGGCAAAGUCUUGCAACUGCUCCCCUCGUCAUUAUGGAUUGCAACGUUCCCUUCGAGACCAUGGAACAUACGCUGGACAUCUGCUUAGAACAUCGAGUACCAGUGUGGUUGGAACCAACAGAUGUUAGUAACGCAGAUCGAAUGUUCCAACGUGGUUCAAAAUGGCGUUCAUCAUUAUCGUAUGCCUCACCGAAUCUCAAUGAGUUGAAAGUAAUGUAUUCCGCCAUUUUAGGACAGCAUCCUCCUCCUACUUCAGGAAGUGCGCUAGAAGAUUUAUUGACAUACACUGGUUACUUAGGUAAACCACUCUUGACAGGUAACUUCCACACGCUGCUUGUCACGUUAGGCUGCCAUGGAGUGGUGCUGGUAACGACUUUAACUGUAGAUUGUCUGUUUCCCAUUCGAGGUUCCGAAAUUUCAAAGGGUGAAGUUCGUGUUGUUCAUUACCCAGCUCCAAAUGUAGAAGGAAUCAUCAGCGUGUCAGGAGCAGGAGACUGUUUUGCUGCUGGAAUGAUUACUGGUAUUCUCCAGCGACUUUCUCCAUCUAAGUGUAUCGAAGCAGGAAAACGGGCAGCUGCCCUUUCUUUGCAUUCCCAUCUUGCUGUACCUCAAACCAUGUGUCCAGAAAUGGUGCUACCUUCUUGAGAAAGCAGAAUAAUUUUGUAUAUAAAGAAUAUUUUUUAUAUUUAUAAGAAAUUAGGUAUCAUUUCUUAAUUAUUUUUUUCCCUUUGCUUGAAUUGUACAUUGAAUAUUAUAUCAAAGUCAAUUGAUAUUUUCACACAAAUACUACCUGCACAACUGGGAAUAUGACUAAGUAUUUUUGUUGAAAUGUAUAAAACUAGGUACUGAAAGAAGG